ACCUAGAAGCUGCGGGUCAUUGUACAACCGCCUUGUGCGCGGAGGCUGAGUCUUGUCCCGAGGGGAAUACGGAAAUUGCCGGGGAUUCCCGAGGCCGACCAGUGAGCUGUGACAGUGAGGAGAGCGCCGCUCAGCCGCCAACAUGGGAAAUGAAGCAAGCUAUCCAUUGGAAAUGUGCUCACAUUUCGAUGCGGACGAGAUCAAAAGGCUGGGGAAAAGGUUCAAGAAGCUGGAUUUAGACAACUCCGGUUCGUUGAGUGUGGAGGAGUUCAUGUCGUUGCCGGAGCUUCAGCAGAACCCUCUUGUGCAACGAGUAAUAGACAUAUUUGACACGGAUGGAAACGGAGAAGUAGACUUCAAAGAGUUUAUCGAAGGAGUGUCCCAGUUCAGUGUCAAAGGUGAUAAGGAGCAGAAACUGAGGUUUGCUUUCCGUAUAUACGACAUGGACAAGGACGGCUACAUCUCCAAUGGUGAGCUCUUCCAGGUACUGAAGAUGAUGGUGGGAAACAAUCUGAAAGACACCCAGUUACAGCAAAUAGUAGACAAAACCAUUAUCAACGCAGAUAGAGAUGGAGAUGGAAAAAUAUCCUUUGAAGAAUUCUGUGUUGUCGUAGGAGGUUUAGAUAUCCACAAAAAGAUGGUGGUGGAUGUGUGACUGAGCAACACUCUUCUCCAUCUCUGAAGAUCUGCUCAAGACGUCCAGCAACGCUCUCUGUGUAUUUUCAAUGGAAGUAUUUUUCUCUGUGAAGCCACAAUUUCCAACAUGAGCCUCAUGAAGCCAACUUAGUGUUAUUGAAUUUUUUUUUUUUUUGAUCCUCAAUAACUCAUUGUAGCACUUUACAAGUCUGAAGGACAGCCGGAUGGGAAGAGCGCGUCCAUGUGGUGGAGAAAAGAAGUUGGCUUUUAAUUUAUUUUUUUUUUCUCCUUCUUCUUCGUCUUUUAUAACAAGAAAAAUAUAUAUAUAAAUAUAGCUUUCUAUUUAGUCUCUAGGUAGGCUUUAAUUUAAUAUACUCGAGUCAAAAGAAACUUAGAGUACAAGUGCCAAGCAGAACAUACGCCGCUCAUGACACGACAGCCAAGAUCACACGCAGUUUUAUACACGGUAGAAGAAUGUCGACUUUUUAAUGGGGCGUUCGCUCGACUUUCCUGUGAUCAUUUACCUGUGCGUUUUUUUUAUAUAUAUACACAGGAAAUGUGUAAGUUUAAUUGAUACAUGUUCUCAUUACCAGGGACUGUGUGUAUCUUGGUUUACGGAGACGUCCCUUCCAAGAGAAUCAUUCAGCUGUGUUCAUAGCAACCACAUAGCAACUGGGCCUUUGCUUAAUGAUACCCGGCAAUUCACCAUUAUUUUUUGUGAAUCUGCUGCAAGAAGCGCACAUAUAAACCUGCCUUCUCCAGUAUAUCGAUUUAACGGUCACUGGGUCAUGGCAGUGUCUUCUAGCAGGUUAGAAGUGCAGACCACUUGUUAGUAACGUCAGUUCCCUUUGUUUCCAGACAAUUGAUAUAUAUAUAUAUAUAUAUAUAUAUAUAUAUAUAUAUAUACAGUGAAUAAACUAUCGUCUCUUGUAAAUUAUAAGGAUAUUAAAAGUUACCGAGGAGUUUCAUGAUCAUAUAAAAACAUGAGGUUUUUAUACAGGUCAUGGAACUCCGAGGUAACUUCUAAUAUCCUCAUAUUUUACAACUGGGGGUACUUUAUUUAUUAUAAUACACAAGUUUCAGUGAGUCAUGUGACAGAAAUGACAUCACUACUCACCGUUUAUAACUGAUGACAUCACUACUCACUGUUUAUAAGGAUAUAAUUUACAGGAUAUUCAUGGCUUUUGUGUAUUAUAUAUAUAUACAUAUAUUUUAGAUACACAUUACUGGAAGCAGCCAUUAAUAAUUAUUUAAUAUAUUUAUUCCUCCCCCCCCCCCCCCCCGUUGUCAUCUUCUUGGAAGUUGCUCAUGCUCUCCGUGUCCUUGUCCCCGUUACGACUUAUCCUUGUGAUCUAAAAGUAGAGAAACGAUAGACUGGAGUGUUCUCCUAUAUCUGCUCUGGUACUAUUGGCAGGAAAAUUUAAAUAAGAAAAAAAAAAAUUCCCCUAAACACCUAGUUUCAUGGCUUUAUUUGUUCCUUUUUGGCUUUGGAAGUGGCACGCUGGCUCCAUUGGCCGCAGUCAAACGAUUAUUCCGCCAUAUUGUUCAGCUGCCGAGUCCCUUCGACUCAACUAUAAGGCUCUUUGUGUGCCACAGAUGGAGGUGCUUGGUGUCCUUGCAUGACAUGGAGCUUUGCAUGUAGAUCCAUUGAAAUGUUCAUCUUGUUUACAUCAUUUGCAUUAUAUAUAUUUGAGAAAACAACAAAAAAAACAACAAAACUUUGCCAAACGUUGGUACAUGUUAAUGUUCAAUGAAUAAAGAGAAUAAGCCACAUUUACUACAUGUAAUUCCCUUCCUCGGGGUGCGUGUGUGCGAGGGGUGAAUGUUUCCAGCCGCUGGGUGUCUGAUCCAGUGUUACUUGCCAUGUACUCUGGACAAACUUGUCCUUUUGUGAAUUUCCUUGUUUUGUACAUAAGUUGUGUUAUAUUUACAUUGAAGCAAAGGCUUUCUGUUUCUCUUGCUUGUGCAUAUUUUGGCUCGGCGUAAAAACAAAAAAAGGCUAAUUUUUUCCGUAAUGGGAGUUUUUUUUUUUUUUUUUGUUUAAUUUCUAUUUGUCUUCGUUUGUGUGGGGAAAAUGGUUUUUGAAUGGUUCAAAAAAUAUCUUUUUUUUUUUUUUUCUCCUGCAUGAUCCGGAACUGGUAGAGUUUGUAGUAAUCUUCAUACUGUAUCAAUAAAAAGAUGAAACUUGUUAA